GAUUUCUCCAAUAUAUAAUAUAAAGACAUGAAAUUAGCAAGGGAGGACAAGACACGAGGAUCCGAGGGUUCGCGUGUCUGAUACACAGUGACACUAGUCGGCGAGAAUCAGAGCCCAAAACCAAGCGAAGAAAAAACCCAUUUUUCUCUCAUCAUCAUUUCUUCAUUUCCAUGGUUUUCUGAUUCUUCUGCGCAUGCCCUCACUACUACAUCGGCAGCUGACUCACUCCCUUGAAACCCGCCCCCUCCGUCUCCUUCGUCUUUCGACUCUCUCUUCCCCCCUCAAUACUCUCUCCCUCUCUAUAUUGCUCAAUCUCUUUCUUUGCUCUCUCUCUCUCUGCUUCUGCUUUCUUCUGCUGGGUUUUACCGAAUCAUACGGUCUUCAUUGCUUUUGGGUUCAGCUCAGACUUUAGUGACAGCCUCAGCUGGAGCUCGAUCGAUAUACCACUUUCUUUCUUCCAGGCCUUUGCUUUUGGAGGCUUCCGAUCUUUCAUCCAAUCUCUGUUUCUUGGCGAUUCACAGAGGAGCUGCUUAGUUUGCUGGUUUCACGCUUGUUAUUGUUAUGAAAAUAAAAUAGAAGACUUGGUUGUCUAUGAAGUCGCCAAACUCAUGGAUAUGGGUGUUCAAGAAAAGGAAUGCGUUCUCUGAUGGAGGAAAAUGCGGAUUGAAGAUGAAGCAGCUGUCGUUUAUGGGAGUUGUAUGUACAGUAAUGCUGUUCAUUGUGUAUAGAACCACCAACUACCAAUAUCAAGCUUAUCAGCAGACAGAGAUGGACGCAAAAUGGAAUCCCUUUGACACAGUAAAGGAUAUUUUUGUGACUUCCAAAAAGUUGGACAGUUUACCUCGUGGCAUCAUACAAGCUAGGUCAGAUUUAGAGCUAAGGCCUUUAUGGUUGACAAGUGGGUCAAGGUUAAAGGUCGAUCAUUAUAGCCAUCGUAACUUGCUGGCUAUUCCGGUUGGUAUUAAGCAAAAGGAUAGUGUUGAUGCUAUUGUGGAAAAGUUUCUUCCAGAAAACUUUACCAUCAUUCUAUUCCAUUAUGAUGGGAAUGUUGAUGGGUGGUGGGAUCUUGAGUGGAGUAGCGAUGCCAUACACAUAGUUGCCCAGAACCAAACAAAGUGGUGGUUUGCCAAACGCUUUCUACAUCCAGAUAUUGUGUCCAUUUAUGAUUACGUGUUUCUUUGGGAUGAAGAUUUGGGGGUUGAGAAUUUUCAUCCAGGAAGAUACCUUGAAAUUGUUAGAGAAGCAGGACUGGAGAUAUCUCAGCCAGCUUUGCAUCCAAAUUCAACAGAUAUACAUCAUAGAAUUACAAUUCGUGCUAGAAAAAAGAAGUUCCAUAGAAGAGUUUAUGACGUCAGAGGCAGUGUGAAGUGUACAGAAGCAAGUCAGACACCACCAUGCACUGGGUUUGUGGAAGGUAUGGCUCCGGUUUUUUCAAGAGCUGCCUGGCAUUGUACUUGGCAUCUUAUACAGAAUGAUCUUGUACAUGGAUGGGGUCUGGACAUGAAACUUGGAUAUUGUGCACAGGGAGACCGUACGACGAAGGUGGGAGUUGUUGAUAGUGAAUAUGUUGUUCAUAAGGGCAUACAAACUUUGGGAGAUGGUGGUUUGUCUGCAAGAAAGGUUUCCAAUCGUGGGAAGAAGACAAGCAAGAAACGUGGUGCUUCAGGUUUUGAUGUGCGAACUGAGAUUAGGAGGCAAUCAACGCGGGAGUUUUCAAUCUUCAAAGAGCGAUGGAAUAAUGCUGUAGAUGAGGACAUGAACUGGACCGAUCCAUUUAAAAGUAGCAUAAGACGCCGGAAACAGCGCAAACGAAACACCCAUUUGAGCUCUUAAGUUAAUCCUAACGGGGGUGGUUUAAAAUGUUAGUGCAGAUUCAUUUACAGGCAGUCUCCAUCUAUACCAAUAGUUUGUGUAGCCUUUUUUGAACACAUAAUUAAUUCAUUAUUUGGAUAUUCAUUAAUUUUGUUACCUGCAAUUCAAAUUUAGCCCCAUUUCCCAUGUAUCUUGUUCCGGCCGCUUACUCCCUUUAAUUUUUCUCGGUUUAUACAAGCUAUUUAGCUUUUGGUGUAA